CAAUCGUUCUUCUACGAAUCAUUUGAGUUGAGUCGACUUCUGGCAGCUGUUGUUGUGACAGCAAAACACCAGUGUUAUUUCAACUUUGCCUGUACACUUCUUCAGCCCCACCUAUGGCUUCUUUGUUCUCAGAUAGACCUUACCAUAAAACUCUCGUUCUGUUCGAUGUAGACGGCACCCUGACGCCUGCUCGGCGCACUGCGUCGCCCGAAGUGAUCAAGAUCCUUCAGGAGGUCCGUAAGAAGGUCGUGAUCGGAUUCGUUGGCGGGUCCGAUCUGGCAAAAAUUAGUGAACAAUUGGCAGUCGAUGGGAAGCCCGUUACCGAGAAUUUCGAUUACGCUUUUGCUGAAAAUGGCCUGACUGCCUACAAGUCUGGGAAGCAAUUACCAUCGCAAUCGUUCAUUAGUUAUCUUGGAAAUGGACGGUACAAGCUGCUGGUAAACUUUUGCCUCCACUACAUCGCGGAUUUGGACAUACCGAUCAAAAGAGGCACAUUCAUCGAAUUCCGCAAUGGAAUGAUUAACGUUAGCCCAAUCGGACGGAAUGCAACCAUCCAGGAAAGGAACGAUUUCGAGAAAUUUGAUCUUGAGUACGGCAUUCGCAAAGAAUUCGUGCGCGUCCUACGGGAGAAAUUUGCGCACUACGACUUAACCUUCUCGAUCGGGGGACAAAUUUCGUUUGACGUCUUCCCCAAGGGUUGGGACAAGACUUACGCUCUCCGCCAUGUUCAAGAUGAAGGAUUUGAACAGAUUCACUUCUUUGGUGAUAAGACCUAUGAGGGGGGAAAUGACCAUGAGAUUUAUAUCGAUUCGAGGACUAUUGGACAUUCCGUGUCGAGUCCUGAGGAUACAAUAAACAUCCUUACCGAAUUGUUCCUCUCGUAG